AUGCAGGCUCGCUGCCUGCUGACCGGACCCGGCCUGCUGGGCGAGCUGCAACCUCGCCUCAACGCCUCGGGCAUUCACACGGCCCACGACUUCCACACGCGCACCACCCUUGACCUGGUAGAGUCCUUGGACGUGCCCUACCAUGUAGUCCAGCGCCUGCGGGAGCAGGUGGCGCAGCUUACCGCCCCACCCUUGGUAACGGCCAGCGCCAUGCUGCGCCAACAGGGCGACGCAGCGCACCCCCUGCCCACGCGUCUUCCCGACCUGGAUCGUGCUCUGCAUGGCGGCUUCCCAUGCGGCAGCGUUACCGAGAUCGUGGGGCCAGCGGGACUGGGAAAAACGCAGUUUUGCCUGGCGGCUGCGGCAGACAUCUGCUGCUCGCCCCCCAUCCUCGCUGGAGCCCAGGUCCUGUACAUCGACACAGAGCAGAAGUUCAGCUCUCUUCGCCUGGAGGAGAUUGCGCGGCAGCGUAGUCCAGAGGGCCGGCUAGCCCCCGGAGACAAGGAGCGGCUGCUGGAGUCGGUGCUGGUGCUGCGACCCCGCCAUUCCCACGAGCUCCUGGCCCGGCUGCAGGCCCUGGAGGCCAGCCCCCUCCCCCUCUCCCUCGUCCUCGUGGACAGCGUCGCCCAGCUGGCCCGCCUCGACCACGGCCCCGGGGUCAAGGGCGUCGUUGCCCGGCAGCAGCAGCUGGCGGCCGUCGCGGCGCGACUCAAGGCCCUGUCCCGGCGCCGCGGCAUCCCGAACCCUUGA